UAUAUACAUAUAGAUAUAUUUAAAUAAAUAAACAACUACUUUCUCUCUUUCAUCUGAUAAAUGUCACAAAUAUGAUGAAUAUAUUAUAAUCUAGCCCACUUGAUAUUUUAACAUUAUUUUAGUCCAUUGUAAUAACAUGUCGUCAAGCUAGAAAUGUUCUCUCAUUAGGUCAUAAAAUCAGAUUUAAAAAAAUACAGUUAAGUAAAAAAAACACUAAAUGAAGUACCAUUCAAACUCGAGUGUACUUAAAUUACAAUUAGAUAAUCAAUUAUUAAGAGUAACAAAUUAAAAGUAUAAAUGAAAGUGAAAGAAAGCGGAUAAAAGUUGACAUAAAUGCAAAUGUGAUCUUAAAAGAAGCUUUGAUGGGAUUUUGUCAAAGCUGAUUUUUUUUUUUUACCGACCUGUCAAUCAACAUCACCCCCCCCCUCCCCUUUAAGCCCCGCCCCCCGCUGGCAGCUGUUGUAUAAAAGCUGCUGAUACACUUUGUAAAGCCCACUUUCGAACCUCCUCACUGCUGUUGUUAUCAUCAUCAUUAUUAUUAUUGCUAUUAUUCACACUAGCAGGGACGAUGCCAGCCUCACCAGCCGACUUCGGAGCCUUCUUCCUGGACCGCAGCGUGCCGGGACUCGGCCUGGGCGCCCCCGGCUACCAGCUGCCGGUGCUGGGGGUCCAGCAGCAGCAUCUGGCAACCCUGGCGGCCGCCGUGCCCGUCACUUACUCCGGACUACACGGAUACAACUUCAUCCCCUUGGCGGCACAACAACACCACCACAGACACCUCGCACACUUGGGCAAUGGCUUCGACCUGAAGACCUCCCCCUACCACCACCACGCUCUUUUGGCACGCGGGGGUCCCUUCUUCUCGCCCUACCGGGCUGGCACGGCCGAGGACCCUGGACGCGGGGGUGCCAAGGUGGCCACCCGCGAGAGUACAGGGGCGCUGAAGGCGUGGCUCAGCGAGCACCUGAAGAACCCUUACCCCACUAAAGGUGAGAAGGUCAUGCUGGCCAUCAUCACCAAGAUGAGCCUGACGCAGGUCUCCACCUGGUUUGCCAACGCCCGCCGCCGCCUGAAGAAGGAGAACCGGGUCAGCUGGGCCUCCUCCAGGUCAAAGUCUGACGAGGAGGACGAGGAGCAGGAGAGCGAUGAAGAGGAGGAGGAGGAAGAGGAGCAUCCUGCAGAAGGAGCCCAGGAGAAGACUUCGGAGGCGACCUCGCAGCCUCCGCCUGUGGAAACUCCUCCGGACGGCAAAGACACGCCCAAACCCAAAAUCUGGUCCCUGGCCGAGACCGCCACCUCAGAGUCGGCAAAGACGGAGCACACGUAUCAGACCGCGGGCAGGAUGUGGGCGGAGUGGGCCUCCAGGGGCGCCCUGGUGGUCCCCGCCUCUUACACCCAGAACCACUGAGCAAAGCCCUUGUGGACUUAAAGCAUUGACGCACUUUAAUACACCAAAGAUGUUUUAUGUAAAGAAAUUAUUUUUUAUACACAUGUAAAUUAUAUUUCCUUCUCUCCAACAAAUAGUUUUACUUCAAUAAAAUUUCAUUCAAGACAAAAA